AUGCCCGUCCUCACUCUUCACAAUUUCACUGCCACCAAUGCAGAAGGCACCUCCGACUUCCAUGCCCUGCUCGAAUCCGCGCGAAAGGCAGUCCGUACCUCAACUCAACACGAAGGCCCAAAGACCCAACACUCCACCAUCGCCAUCGUCCAGAAGCCCGAAGAAAACUCCUUUCAACUCUGGACCGAAUCGACCUCCGCCGACGAUACAAUCGCCAAACACGACCUUUCCCUCCUCGAAACCCUCAAAGACAUCUUCGCCUCCCGCGCGACCUACACCCGCAACCGCAUCGCCAUUCCCAUCUCAGCCUUCAAUCCCUCCAACAACCCCUUCACCUCCAACCUCAUCGAAACCGUCCAAAACAUCUUCCCCUCUGCCCAAGCAACUCCCUCUUUCCGCGAGCGCAUCGAGAAGGAAUUCCGGACCUUUGACGACGCCUAUAUGCCCGGCGUCAGCGGCACGACGGGGCUGAUCGUCGGCUGGACAGAGGACUCCGAGGCCAUUUCGGAGCUGGGUGGGGCGCCGGCGACAUGCAUGUUUGUCGUGAGGGGGUGGAAUUCGCAGGAGGAGUUUGACAAAUCGGUGCAGUCGGAGCAUGCGCAGAAGGCAUUUCCGAUUGUGUUUGGGUGGGGAGCACCGUAUCGAUUGUGGAUUGCUGCUCGUGAAGAUGCCUGA